UCUUUAUGAUAACGUGGGUCUAGGUCAUAACGUGCAUGGCCCUUGUGAGUUUCUGUGUUUCUAUUUGCCUCACCUAAUUAUGGUUUGGAGGAGGAUAAAAGCCUAACUGCUAUUAAACUUGAAAGUGCUCCAUUUACUUUAAGUGCUUUAAACUUUCAGCUUAAGUGAAAUCUCAACGAAUGUUUUCUCAUUGGCAUUUCUCUGCUGUUUAAUAUUUUACUAAAAAGGUUNNAUGCUCCUACUCCUUUACCCCUUUCUUUAAUCAUAAAAGGUGCAUUGUUUUAUAUUGUAGCAGUUUAUUUAUCUACAUGGGCAGGUUCUGCCCACUUUUUUUGCAAAUAUAAUUAUGUAUACUUCAUGUUUGUGGUGUUUCUGGACUGGAUGUAGUUCCCUGGAUCAUUUGAACUUGCAUUUUUGGUUAGCAGGUGAGACUUUUUGAGCAAAGAAAACUUUCAUUGUUCCAUCAUUUACCGUCUUCAAGCAUAUCAAAUGCCAAGAUCAAGGUUUGGUGUAGCAUAGUUGACAAUUAUUGAAAAUUGCCAUCCAAGUUCANUUGCGAAGCAUCACUAAUAAGCAUUGAGUACAUUGGUUGGAGUUUAAGUACAAUAUUUUGUGUAAUUCUCGGUUCAAAAUCCAUACACAGAUCUUNAAGAGAUGGAAGAAGGAUUAAACUUGUCAUACUUGGACGGUCAACAUAUAGAUGAUGAUGUGGUUGGCGUUGACUUUAAAAUAGUCGCAAUGUUACAUGAACACGUACAAAUAACCAACUCCAUGGCUGCAGUAACAAUGUUAUGCAUUGUUUCUUAUGCCUUGAACAUAUUGAAUAUGUUUUCGAGUGAUCCAAGUAGUGUUAGCAAUUUCCUUGCCGACAAAGACCGUCGCAGACAACAGUUAAUGUCGUACCUGGUGCAUACUACUCGAUGUCGUGACAUUAUUCGAAUGGGUCNAGCGGCAUUCAUUAAUCUUUGUGAGAGAUUAAGAGCAACUGGGUUAGUUAAAGACGCCAUUCGCUCCACAGUGGAGGAACAAGUAGCUCAAUUUCUUCAUAUAAUUGGACAUAAUGUUAAGAAUAGGAGUGUCGCAUUUUUCUUCCAUCNAUCGGGAGCGACGGUAAGCAAACACUUUCACAAUGUGUUGGAUGCUAUUAUAACUCUAGAAUCAGAAUUUUUAACUCAGCCAUCAGGAGAUGAGGUUCAUCCAUAUGUGUUGAACAACAAUCGGUUUUAUCCUUACUUCAAGAAUUGCUUAGGGGCGAUAGAUGGUACUCAUGUUCGUGUAAGGGUGCCAAGAGAAGAUGCUCCGAGAUUUCGUGGUAGAAAAGAUUGGCCAACUCAAAAUGUGUUUGCGGCAUGUGACUUUGAUAUGAAGUUCACAUACGUUCUAGCUGGGUGGGAAGGCACAGCAUCUGAUUCUAGAAUCUUAAAAAAUGCUCUUGAUCGAGAUGAUCCGUUGGUCAUCCCCCAAGGAAAAUACUAUCUCGGUGACGCUGGGUUUAUGCUGAAAAGUACGAUUUUGACACCAUAUAGAGGCGUUAGAUAUCACCUUAAAGAAUUUACACGCAGAGGACCACAAAAUGCACGUGAGCUUUUUAACNAUCGACAUUCAUCACUGAGAAAUGUCAUUGAAAGAACAUUUGGUGUCUUGAAGAAACGGUUCCCUAUCAUUGCAAGUGGCACUGAACCACAUUAUGGAUUGGAGACGAUGACGGAUAUUAUUUUAGCUUGUUGUAUCCUACACAACUUCAUCCGUGGAGUUGAUAGGGAUGACCCAUUGCUUAAUGAGGUUGAUAAUGAGUUGAAUGAAAGGGAAGAGCAGAAUGUGUCAUCCUCUCAAGUUCGUGAUGAUGACAAUAGGGUUGGUAGUACUAUUAGGGAUCGCAUNNCAGAUGAAAUGUGGCGAGAUUAUCAAAAUUCAUACUUAUUGUAA